AUGGAGGAAGGCCAUAAAGACAGCUCCGACUCGGCCACUUCAUCAGACGUCGACAGGUUGAGAUUGAAAGAGCUGCCACAAACCAUUGAACGCCGCAGCUCACGACUCUGGAAGCUUACCGCCAUCCACAUCGUGAUCAUCAUCGCCUUCGUUGGCCUUCUACUUGGUGCUUAUAUGGCAUCUCGCAACCGUAAAACUCUAGCUCGCCCUCAACUGAACACUCUCACUAACGGCAGCUCUAUCUUUGCUCCAACCACUAUUCUUAUCUCGCUCGAUGGAUUCCGCGCUGACUUCCUCCAUCGUAACAUCACACCAUCCUUGAACUCAUUUGUUCGAGCCGGUGUAUCGCCUGAGUACAUGUCACCAAGUUUUCCUUCUGUCACCUUUCCCAACCAUUUCACCCUUGUAACUGGCCUAUAUCCUGAAGCCCAUGGGGUCGUCGGAAACAGCUUCUGGGACCCCGAGUUGAAAGAAGACUUCUACUACACAGAUCCUACCAGGAGCAUGCAGCCCAAGUGGUGGAAUGGUGAGCCUAUCUGGGUAACCGCCGAAGAGCAAGACGUUCGCGCUGCAAUUCACAUGUGGCCUGGAUCUGAAGCCCAUAUCGGCAUCGAACCUACAUUUGUCGACAAAUAUCAAGGUCAUGAGGCACUCACGAACAAGGUCGACCGCAUCCUUGGUCUGCUUGACCUUCCUGGGCCACAUGACAAAGGCGCAAAGCCUGAAAAUCCAAGACCACAGUUAAUUGCCGCCUAUGUGCCGGACGUUGAUCGCGAUGGUCAUUUGUAUGGUCCAAACAGUACCGAAAUCAGAUCCACUAUUUCUAGUGUCGAUAGCAUGUUGGGCCACCUGUUCUCUGGACUCGAGCAGCGAAAUCUGACAGACAUCGUGAACAUCAUCAUUGUCUCUGACCAUGGUAUGGCCACUACAUCGACUUCUCGCUUGAUCCAGCUUGAUGACAUUAUCGAUAUGUCUGUUAUCGAACGUACUGACGGAUGGCCACUCUAUGGACUUCGCCCGAAGAAUGAUUCAGAUAUCGAGCCCCUUUACAGCCAAUUGAAGCAAGAAGCGGCGAACAUGGAUGGUUUCGAUGUCUAUCUGAAAGAUCGCGACAUGCCUGAACGCUAUCAUUUCUCACAAAACGACCGUAUCGCACCGCUUUGGGUAAUACCUUGGACUGGGUGGGCAAUCGUGGUCAGAGAAGAAUUUGACGUCGCCGAGGCGAAGAAGACCGGCCAAGUGUAUCAUCCUCGAGGUGUGCACGGAUACGAUCAUGAGCACCCACUGAUGCGCGCAAUCUUCGUGGCCAGAGGUCCUGCGUUCCCUCACACGCCCGGCAGCAAAGUGGACGUCUUCCAAAAUAUUGAGGUCUACAACCUUGUCUGUGACUCUGUUGGGAUUUCGCCCAAGCCAAACAAUGGUACCCUCCGUUUACCGCUUAAUCCGGUUGGAUUGCAUGAUUCUAUGCCACCUCAAGAGAUUCCAGAGGAUUUGCCAGAAGACGUCGUUUCGACAUCGAUUGCAGCGUCGCCCGAAAUAGCGAAAACAACCUCAACUCCGACGCAAGCUUCACGACCAACAAUCGCCACCACAGAUGCGGCUACUCCAACACGACCGGUCAUCCAUGACGACGUAAGCCAGGAAGACGAAGAUCAAAAUGGCAAAGACACGAACUUAUGGUGGGACUGGGUCAAAGGGAAACUCGACGGUGCCAAAGAUUGGGCGACCGGGUUAUACGAUACGGUAUCCGACAAAAUUUCGGGCGCUGCAGCGGACUCAGGAAACAGCAGAUGA